CUCGCGAGAGUUGCCAUUCUGAGGCGGUCUUCUGAGCGUGAAAGAUGUCCGGCUACUGGGACAUCCCGGAGGGCACGGAGUGUGCGAAGAAGACCUGGCUCACGGGCCGGCUCGGGGCCGCCGUGGGCCUCGUGGGCUCCAUUUACCACAUCAUCUUGUUUCCGUCGGAAACAGCGCUGCAUGCCAUCCAGAGGGCCACCAGCGCCACCGUCACCAUGGCUACCUUGGGGGCUGUUUUUGGGGUGACCACUUGCCUCAGCGCCGAGAUCCGGGACGCCCCCGAAGACCCAUGGAACUACUUCGCUGGGGGCUGCGCAUCGGGUGCUCUCUUGGGAGCGAGAGCUCGCAACUUUGGCGUUGGCACUGCCUCCUGCCUCGGCCUGGGCACGCUGGCAGCCUUUGUCAAAAUUGGCAAGAAGGAAGGUUGGCGGCUGUUAGGACCCCCCAUCAACUGAACCUCCUGUUUGAUGUAAGAGACUCAUUGAGGGUGAGAGGAGCAGGCCCACGACAUGCAUCUCUUACAAAGAAUGAAUGUGCACAUAAAUAAACUACUUUGUGGUCCUUC